AUGGAGCUCAAGUUACUUUUAGUCGUUGCCCUGGUGGCUUCGACUCAGGCGGGCCCUAUAGACUCUAUUAGAGAUUCGUGUUCAAAAACAUGUCCAAGUACAAAUAAGUUUGGAUACAGACCGGGAAGGUCGUAUGAGUUUGAUUACAAUGUAAAAACAUCCACCAGUGUGAAAGGAGCAUCAGAAGGAUCGUCCGGAAUGGAACUAACGGCUAAGGUUCAUGUGGAGGCAGUUUCCAAAUGUGAUUUCAUUCUCAGGAUUGAGAAUGUGCGACUGCACGAAACAGACCCAACGAACUAUGAAAGGAUGAUAUUGUCAGAGGGAAGUGAAGAACUUCGUCGUGUCUUAGAGAGGCAUGAUCUGCGAUUUUCCUUCCAAGAUGGCAUCGUAGAUGAGCUAUGUCCAUCUUCGGACGAAGUCACAUGGGCUCUGAACAUCAAACGGGGUAUAUUGUCUGUCUUCCAGAACAGCAUGGAUGACCUUAGACGUGACCAGAAAACAACUGAGUCUGACGUCAAUGGCAACUGCGAAGUCGAAUAUAGAACAAUCAACGGCCAAGAUGGUUAUAUGGUGAGGAAGACAAAGAAUCUGCUCGGAUGCACGGAACGUAACGACUACAGUACAUCAGUCCAGGGCAUUUCGUACAGAGUCCCUUCAGAGAACCAAGCUAUACCUGUCAUGAAUAGCGAGCAUCAAUGCCAACAGGAAAUUUCAUCGGAUGGUUUACUGAAGGCUGCCAACUGUGUGGAAUCCCAUGUUUUCAGACCGUUCUCUCGAGAGGGGAGUGGUGCAGUAACUGAGAGCAAACAGACACUGAACUUUGUUCAGGAAUCCGUUCCAUCGGCAACAACCGGCGUCAUCCGAGAUCGACGAGGAAUGACGUUCGAACAUGCCUACGACCCUGACAAAUCCAUUCGUUCCCAAUCUGAUCUAGAAGGCAAACUUAUGGAGGUUUGUGAUAAUACAAGACAGGACAUACGCCCAGAUACACCAAGACUUUUCUCUGAGCUGGUGUACUUAAUGAAAACCGUCGACUCACAAUCUCUCCGAAGGGUGUACCAGAGACUCCGAACUGGAAGUUUGUGCGCUAACAACUUAAAGAGAGUAAAGAAGUUUUUCUUGGACGCAAUACCAAUGACAGGAACUAGUGCUUCGUUGAGUAUGCUUACGGAACUAAUUAACAGUCAAGAGAUCACAGGUAUAGAGGCCGAUAUGUGGCUUACAACACUCUCCUUCAUCCAGCAUCCAACAAAAGACAUGCUGAGAGAGGUCACGCCACUUCUUGCCAAAAGCAACGGAAAAGCCAUGCUAGCUGUCACAUCCCUGGUUCACAACUUCUGUGGAAAAAAUUCGUGUGAUAACGAUAUGGAUGUCAGCAUCAUUGUAUCUACAAUCGAGGAAAAAAUCGCAUAUGGAUGUAGCGUCGACGGAGACAAAUUGCAAAAGACUAUCAUUAGUCUUCGAGCCCUUGGAAAUGCUGGGUAUGCUAUUCGCGCUGUUCCUAAGAUCAACAGCUGCUUGACCAGGACGGAAAACCCAGUAGAGGUCAGACUCGCUGCCAUAGAAGCGUUCAGACGCAUGUCCUGCGAUGCUGAUAAAAGCGAAGUACAAACAGUGUUUGCAAAUACUGACGAAGAUUCCGAGAUCAGAAUUGCCGCCUACCUCGCUCUGAUGCAGUGUGCAAGUACUCAAACCAUUAACCUUGUCAGACAGCAGCUUGAAACUGAGAACAUUAACCAAGUUGGUUCAUUUAUUUGGUCUCACCUUUCAAACCUCAAAGAAACAUCAAACAUCCACAAACAAGACAUUCGAGCAAUUCUGCAGAAUGAAGAGUUGAGGAGUAACUUCGAUCUCGACAACAGAAAAUUUUCCCACAAUUACGAGAAAUCCAUUUUCUUGGAGAAGCUGAAUGCUGGAGCGUCAGUUGAGAGCAACCUGAUCUGGUCUUCCUCUUCUUUCCUUCCAAGGUCAAUGAUGGCCAAUUUGACUGUCGAUCUGUUCGGUCACUCCGUCAACUUGUUUGAAGUUGGGGGCAGAGUUGAAGGCUUGGAAUACUUCUUGGAAUCCUACUUUGGGCCCAAUGGCUACUUCAGUGACAACAACGAAGCAGCUGAAAUCAAUGAACAGUUUGUCAAAGGCAUCAGCAGCAGAAAAGUCAGAAACAUUGAAAGUCAAUUUGGAUCUGCAAUGGAUGAACUGAAGGGAACACUUUACACGAGUUUUGGAAAUGAGUUAGGUUAUGCCCGCCUUGAUGGAAGACAAUCAUUAUUCAAUGAAGACUUCAACAUCCUCGAAUUGCUUAUCAGUAUGUCCAAUAACCAUGACUAUACAUUGACACAAAACUUCAUGUUCAUGGAUAGCAGCAUGAUCAUUCCUACCAGUUCCGGCUUCCCAUUAAACCUUACGGUAAAUGGAACCGCUACUGUUGACAUGAAGGCAUCCGGUAAAAUGGAUUUGAGAAAAGUCGCCACGAGUCCAAGAAGCGUUUUAAUAACUGGUGCUAUCCAGCCAAGCGCUGCCCUUGAAGUAUCAAGUAUGAUGAGCGUAGAUGCCUUCGUCACAAAGAGCGGCAUGAAAAUGGUUUCAAAUCUGCACACAAGUACUGCAAUCCAAGGAAAGAUUGAGUUGGCUGAUGGCCGUGUUUUGGAGAUGGAACUGGAUAUGCCUCGCAAAAAGAUGGAAAUCGUCAAUUUCAAAACUGCCUUUUUCACCGUUCACAAUGACCUUCACCGUGAACAAGAGAUGAUAACAGAAAACAAACAAGUCCAUAAGGUUUGUACAGGACAAACCAUGACCAAAGUGACUGGUGUUCAGCUUUGUGGAGAAGUCCAGUUUUCUAAUGCCUCAAUGAAAACGGACGCUCCAUACUUUCCCCUCACGGGUCCAAUAAAGAUGGAAAUCGACCUCACAAAGAAGGACACCUUGACAAGCUACAAAUUUGAAGCCAAAUUUGUGAAGACCAGGAAAAGCUUAGCUGCAAAGAUAGCAUUCGACACUCCCGGAUCUUUAGUGGAAAGAAAUAUUGGAGUUGACUUUCUGUUGAACAAUGUGGACAAAUCUAUCACAAUGGAUUUGGUUUCUCCGUGGAUGAAGGCUGGUGCAUCCGCAUCCCUGACGAAUGAACGAGGACUAAAGAGAGUGCAAGGCCGACUUAGUGUUGAUGCCAACAAAGAGUUUUUAGUGAAUGCGGAGGUCAGACAAGGCCGAAAAGGUUCCGCAUAUGUCUACACACCAUCUUUUACAAUAACAAUACCCGGCAAAGAUAACAUCAACCUGGGUGGCUCCAUUGAAAAUCUCCCAUCCAAGUCGGUUGAAGGUGACCUUACAUUUACUGGUAUCACAGCCGAACCUGUCAAGGGUAGAUUUUCCCUCCAGAACAAAAAAACCAUACGAUCACUAAUGGGUGGCAUCAGUUUCACGAAAGGAAAGGAAUACAGUGCCGUAGCUCGUAUCCAGACAACAGGGACUGCAAAAGCGAUAAAGUAUAGGCCAUAUUUAUCUAUUCGCACUCCAGAAAAGGAAGUUGUCGCGUUUGGUGGCACUGCAGAGCACAGGAAGGGAAAGUCAGCUUUAAUUGAUUUUACUCUCAGCAAGAUUGUUUCUAAGGACAUCAAACUGUUUGUCAAAGUCAGGAAUUUGGGUAACAAGAAAACAAUGAGGUACCAGACGAAGGUGGAUGUCAGAACGCCCUACAUUACCACCAAGGUCCAAUCCAAUGUUGUGCUCAGAGGUGGAAAGGCCCUGAUAACUCGAGCUACCGUAGACUACGUCGUCCCACGGGUGAUUCGAGACAAAAUCACAUUCAACGGGAAGGCUAACCUUGCGAUGACUAAAGCUCUGAAAAGGAUAAAGGGAACAAUAAACACCGUUUUCAAGAAGAGACCACAGUUUAAUAUCGGUGCCACUGUAGAUGCAAGUCAGACCAGAAAAUCAACUGGACUACAAUUUAACUUGGUCUAUGGUGCAAACCGGAAAGACAAGACAAGAACUAUUUCACUGUCCUCAACUGUUAGACACCAACGUUUAACCUGGUUGGAAUCUACUUUAGCUGCUGAUUUUGAUCUGAAGCAUCUCGGAAUGGGUGUCGAUUUGGGAUUUCAAGGCCGUCAUACACAUAACCGAAAACAGCUGGAAACCACUGCAACAUUCUUACCUGGUAAAGAGAAUGAAUUGUCUACAACUCUUCGAUUAAAGAACAAGAGCAAGACUACCAAGAACUUGUCGGGUGCUAUGAGCUUUUCAUAUGGCGGGGAAAAUAUUGAGGUAGGUAACGAUUUGAAUGAAGGAACCGACGGAGAGUUUACAAACACUCUCACGGCACAAUGGGCGAAGUCAAAGAGAAAUACAAUCAUCACAACAUUCAGACUACCGUCUUCAAAUGAACUGAUUGGCUCUGUUGAUGUCAAUCUAGCAGACAUGAGACGUGUGCGAAUUGCGGGCCAGUACGUUUUUGCGCCAAGGAAUAUGAGUGUCAACACCGAAGUCCGUCUGGCCAAGGACAAGUAUGCACUUUCAACGUCAUAUCAAUUCACUGACGCAAAAGCAAGCGUGAGCACAAACGUAGAAUUACCAACCAGGCAUAUUACAUUCGAGGCUGACAUGAAAAGAAAAUCUCCGAUUUACUCUGUUAGAACCAAACUUCUUUGGGAUGCUGACAAUGAUGUUACUAAAGGCGUCCAGCUGGAUGGACAAGCAACGGUUGCGGAUAUCAACACUAUAGAUGUUAACCUUAACAGCAAGUCACCUCUUGGCGCAUACAUUGUAAACCUGAAACAUCGUGGAGGUAAUAAGUACAUAUCUCACGCUGACGUAGAAUGGGACGGAUCCAAGCGCAUUACUGUGGACACGACCUUCAGUAACAAAAAGAACAAUAACUAUGCAGGAACCCUCCAGAUCACCACCCCAUUCCGUGGCUACCGGUCUGUUGCUGUAGAGGCAUCACAUGUUACUGACAACUCUCAAUACUCAACAAACCUCGAUGUCAACUGGAAGCCCAUCAAGAAAAUUUCGACUACAAUAAUACUUCAGAGACCGAUCUCCUCUUGA